AUGCUAAGGUUAAAAAAUAGAUUCCAGCUAUUAAAGGAGCUUAGAACUAUGAAUAUUAAAAUGGCUACGGAUCUUAUUGAAAUUUCAGUAAUUAUGCAUAAUUUAGUAGAGCGAUUGAAUGAUGUAUGGGAAACUUUGGAAGAUACAGAUUUGCAUAAAAUUCAAUAUAGUAGUAUUGACUUUAAUUCAGAAAUUUCUCAAGAAAUUAAAGAAUUAGGGAAAAUUAUAAGCAAAAUCUAA